UGAUGGCGCAUUACUCUAUUUUUAACUGACUACAUUGCUUGAAAUACCGAAAGCCAGCGACACAUGAUUUUAACUAAUUAUUUCAGUUUGUGUAAAUACUUCUACUACCACUAAUAAUAACAAAACUUAUUAGCAAUAAUAAUAUGGAUGACUUUGUGCAAACAAAAAUAGGCUAAAUUAAAUUAUUAUUAAUUCAUUAUUACUUAUAAUUACUUUACUUUCUGAUUUCAUUUCAACUUUUUUUGUUAAAAAUUAGCUUAGCCACCUCUAAUAAUAACAGUUAUAAAAUAAUUUUGUAAAGCAAUUAUUUUAUUUGUUUUAAUUUACAGAUAUAAUCUUAAAACUAAACCCUUAGCUUUAAUCUGUCACUGUACAACUGUACAGAAAAUGGCUUCAUUUCAAGUGGAGGCUGAUGCAGAAGUAAUUACUGCAAGACGUACCGAGUCCUUAGAUGCCCCUCAUAUCCUAAAGCUUGAGAAAGCAUGGACAGAGAUGUUGUUUGGGAGAGUAAACAUUGUGAAUAUUAUGUAUGUUUAAAUUUCUUUUUAUGUUAAUAGAUUUCUAGAUUAGGCCUAAAUUUCCACUGCAUUGAUUUGAUAUAGUCUAUCCCACAUCGUAAAAAAAUCUAGUUCAAGGAAAAAUGUGUAUUUAUAUUCAUUUUUUAAAGUUUCUCAUAUACAAUUUAUUAAUUAAUUGCAGUGGUUAAGGGAAUGAACAUAUUUGCCUGCUAUACAUAUGGACACACCACUCUCUACAGCUAUUAAACUUCACAUAUACAGGGUGGGCCAAUAAAGUGAGAACAUUUCGUAGUGUAAUAUUUUACUAGAUGUUCUCACUUUUAUUGGCCCACCCAGUAUACAUAAUAUUUUAACAAACAACCCCCCCCCCACCCCCCCAUCCCCCGUGUUAAAAAAAUAGAAAUACAAAAUGCACUGCCAUGAGAAACAUUCUCAUUUAAUACAGCGAGAAAGCAGUACUAGCCAUUACACUUUGUAACAAAGAUGAUGAGAUUAUGGGACAUGCUGCAUUUCUUGACUACCCAAAUCAUCCAAAUGUCGACCAGGCUGAUUGGGAACUGUGGUUUAGUUCAAGAUACACCAAUGAACAGGUAAUAAAUGCUUUAUAUAUUCAAUGUUUUAAAAAAAUUCCUGAGGUAAAAAAAAUGCUUUAAAACAAUUUAAGAAUGGUAAGAUACUAAUACAAAGACCAUACAAAUACAUGGCAUUACUGUGAUGUUUGCUGUCAUCUGUAUUUCUUAAUAAAGCUAAAAGAUAAAAAAAAUUUUUUAUAACUCAUUUAAAAAUGUAUGCAUUCAUAAAAAUUUUAUUGGUUGUAUUAGAUUAUUAUUUUUUUUAAAUUGAUAAAAUAUGAAGGUAGCCUGUUUACUAUGUUAUCCUCAAAGGUUGCCAGGAGUCAGGAAAUAAAUUAUUAGAAUGAUAUAAAACAAUAGUCUAAUAUUUUCUUUUUUAUAACAUCUGAUUUUAUUCCCUCCACAGAUAACACCACUCAACAGUCUUUUUCUUCAUUACUUUGUUUCAAAAGCACACUAUGAUAUGGGCUGUGCACAAGAGAUUAUCAAGACAGCCUUUAAUGCUGUACCCGAUCUCCAUUUCUUGUUUUUGCUAGUGCCUGAUGGAUACAAAGCAGGUGCUCUAUUAUAAAAGGCUGUGAUUGUUUUCUUUGGUUCUUGUUUUUAAGGACACUCUCAACAAAAGGAAUUUAAGAGAAAAAUAAAAAAAGCACUUCAAUAUAUCUUUAAUUUGAAGACGGAUGAAAUUAAUAAAUGAUACUUUGAAAUUUUAUUCAGUUCAAUAAACACUACCAGAUAAAACUUGUAAUUUUAAUUAUAGUUUUGAUAUUGAUCUGAGAUAUUUUGUUUUUCUCUCUAAAAAUGCUAAUAUUAAAUUUGUUCCAUAAAUCUAUUUACAUUUUGUUAGUAAAACCAAUUUAAAGUUAAUAAAAAUAUUUUGUGUAUUUUUUUUUUAUUAUCAUUGAUUUAAAAAAAAAUGUUUUUGCUCCUUAAAAAUUAUUCUGAAUCUUCUUCUUUUAGAGCCCUGCUUAGGAAAUGUUUUCUCAUUAAUGGAGAAAAAACAAAAUGAUGAGACAUCAGACACUCACUCUCUCUUUGUUUGCAAAAGACAUGAGCAUGUGCGAACACUGCACAUUAGACAAGCUUUGUGAGUAAAAUUUAUACCAGCAUUAGACUUUAAUCUAAAGCUUAUUUUGAUGAUGGCAUUUUUGAUAUUUUAUGCCUCUGCUUCUGAGAUCUUCUGGUUGGGACAUGCAGACAGCUUGAUACAACAGAUUAAUGAAAUUUCAUGAAUAUGUUCUCUUUCCAACUUUAGCCAUACAAAUGAGGCUCACUUAAUGUUACAAAAUGUGUGCAUUGUCAUCAAAUUUAUAACCAUGUUUUUAAUUUUUAGUCUAAGGCUACAAUCUUAUUCUCAACAAAUAUGAUUUUUCUAGUGUUGAAGAUCAUGAUGACCUGACCCCAAUUUUCAACCGACAAAGUGAUAUGCUUCACACAACGUAUGGAGAUUACUUCUUGGCAGAGCUGAUUGAGGCCCAGGAUGCAGACAUGCAGUGCCUUGUGGCCGAGGUGAGAAACCUUCAGUCUAUUGUCUUUAGUUUAGAUCAGGUCUCAAACUCAAGGCCUUGGGCUUCAAGCAGUCCUCUUAACUCUAUCCAUUGAAUCCAACAAAGUGAUUGGUUUUACAUAUAUUAAAAUAAGAACCAACACAUUUGAAUUAUUCCCAUGUGGCCCUUUGGUCUUAUUGCAGUUACAGUAAUUUCAAAUGUUACGUAGCAGUGGUUCUUCUUUGGUUUUGGGCCCCUCCAGUCUCAAUGUGUUUUUUUUUAAAUUUUGGGAUACUAAGUAAUGAGAUCCCUGGCUUUGUUUUCAAUGUUGAUAAUCUUCCUAUCAGGUGGAGAAGACUUCUUAUGGCUUUAUGAGUAUUAGUACAGAUGUGAAUCUUGACCUUCUCAAUGAAUGUUUUGAGUUAAUCCCAUUCAAUGGGUUGAGAAAACCACAUCCUGAUGAUAACAUCAAGCCUCCACUGCUCUCCAGUCGAUCAGAGUCUCGUGUCACCCAAGUGGAUGGAGAUGGUAUCUUAAUUUUUUUCUUCACAGAAAAUCCACAAUUUUAGAUUAACAGAUUCAGUGCAGACAAAAAAACACUAAUACCAAUUACAUUUUUUUGCAUUAUUUUUACUCAAAUAAAUAUUGUUUUAAAAAUAAAAAAAGCCCUACAGUUCGGGAAGUAAAAUACACUUGACACACUAGGAGCAUCAAAAUGUUUCUUUGGGACCUGCAAAAUACAAUUUGGUGCUAAUAUCCAAAUCCUAUUUUAUGCACUUGGCUUAAAGAACAUAUGCAAGAUCAUAACUUUCAUGUAUGUAUAUAGAUUACAAGCCAUUAAAUACAAGGAACAGACCAGGAAGAAUCCCAUUAACUAACACAAUAAUAUAGAGGCCCUAAAUAUUAAAUUUAGACCAUCCUAUUAAUGAGACUCUCAGUACUAAAUGGGUGGCAAAAUAACAUAGGUGUCUUCACUCAAUCCCCAAACUACACAACAUGCUGCUCAUUUACGUCAGUGAACAAUUAGCACAUGAUUUCAGGAGUGUUAGCACUCAGAAUGCAGUAUUGUUCUGUUCAAGACUAGGUCUUAGAGAUUUCAAAUUACUUAACUUUCAUAAUUUGUUUAUUCACUUUUUUUCCAUCGUAAAAAGAUAUUUUGAUAAGACAAGACUUAAGAAACGGCAUGUUAAUAUUUUUUACUUAUUCACAAAACUGAUAUUUUCUUUAUUCUUUAAAAAAAAAAAGUUUGUUGAUUGCUUUCUAUUUUAAGAACCUGAUCAAGACAAAGGAGAUGAUGCUCUGUCAGUAUGCAGUCAAAACAGUUCAAAACGUAAGGUUUGAUAAUUUUAGAAAACCUGCUAGGGAAAAAGAGGACUAUGACAUGGAGGGAUGUCUAAAAAAAACCACUUAAAAUGGUGUAUAGUGCAGGUCUUUUUUAACUACAAAACUAAUCACACACAGACUCACAUACACAUUUAUAUCUAUGUUAUAAUCCAUAAAAGACAUCACAAGCACGAACUCAUUUACGGAUUUGCCCUUAGGAGACAAGGCGAGAGUGAAAGAAUGGAAAAGUGAUUUUGAUUCCUGAAAUAUGACAAAUCUGAAUUUAGACACCCAGUUGCCUAUAUACAAGCUACAGAUUUCCUCAAAACUUCUGGCAUAGAUUUGUGUCAUGUUUUCUACAGCUAAAAUUAGCUCACCUAAUAUCACGAAGCUGAGUGAGCAGCCAUUGAUUGGUAUCUCUGACAGUUCAACCUACACAAAGACCCCUCGGACUUCUUUAUCUAUAAGCCCAACCAACAUAGAACUGCCUAAACCAAGUGUAAGUUUAUUUUCUCUAAUAGAGAUCAAAGAAUUAUGCAAAAUUGUAAAUGUUUAUUUUUUAAAGAGGGAGCGGCUAAGCCAAAUUAAACAUUUUUUUUUUUUUUAAGAAGGUAUUAUUUAGGUUUGAGAUUAUGAAUUUUAAUAGUAAUACUUUCUGAAUGGAGUUGUUACCCUUAUUUUUUAAAAUAAUAUUGUCUCAUGUUAAAAUUUCCAAAUAUUUUAUACUAAUCUGUGUAAAAUUUCCACUACAUCUGUAAACCUCUCCUUUAUUUUAGGACACUUGUCCCUUUAGUAUCCUAUUUAAAAAUUUUAUUUAUUGCUGCUAAUGAUAUUUCAUAUAUAAUGUGUUGUCACACCAGGAACACAACCAACUCAAGGUCCCAAAGUCUCUGUUGCCCCCUCCCUUGAAGAGAUUUGUCCCCACUUUUUGUGGAGCACCAAACGCAUUCAGCAUCCAGUUGUUCUGCAUUGCUGAGCAGUAUGAAAUGAGGUAAAGAACAGUAGGACAAUUCUUUGAACUUUGCGCCAAAAUUGUGCAGUACGACAACCUCAAAAUAAAAAAUCUCGAUUAGUUGAAAAGUUUUUAAAAAAAUGUCUUUUCAAACACUUAUCUAAAUACAUUUGGUUUAAGAGGCAUUGGCCAGGAAUCAAGUGCCUAGGUGCACUUGAAGCAAUGCAUGUUUUCUAAAUCAUUUCUUCCUUGUUCAUUCCCAGAUCGUUUGAUUUUUUGCCUGUGGCCUUCUCAAAAUUUCCUGACCGUGACUUCUGUGUCAUCACUGUGCCACACAUGGUCCCAGAAUUUCCUCUUAUUCAAAGCUUUGUGGUGAGUUUUCUUUGUCAUGAAUAAAUAAGUCAUCUAUAUUUAAAUUUUCAGCACUAAAAAGUUAAAGUUGUUUGCUAAAACAAAAAAAAAUUUAUUUCUUUUCAGAGAGUGACACCAAAAAUUCCUAGCAUCCUUCCUCAAGAACUUUAUGUGUUCCAUCGUUCAGGACUGCUGAAGUAAGUUUUUGUGUUACAUAAUACAGUGAUCGGCAAACUCAUUAGUCAAAAGAGCCAAAAAUCAGCAGCAGGAUGAUUAAAAAUUGUUUGAGAGCCAAAUCUCCUUUAAAAAUCUGUCAAGACAUGUAAUUUUAGGAGCCAAAACCGAUUUGUAGCUGACUGGCCGAGCCCCACUCAGGCUGCGAAAGAGCCAAGAUUCGCCGACCACUGACGUAAUACAUUAAGCCUGAACUUCAAGAUUCUCGUUUGUAAUCAAUGUACACUAUCAUCUUUGUUAAAAACUGCAAAAAAUCGAGAAAAAAAUCAUCUAUUUUCAUUAUAUCUUAAGACUGGAGUAAUUAUAUAAUAUUUCAUAUCUGCUAUUCAACAAGCCAGCUUUUUUAGGCAAUAAGACUUUAAGAUUCAAAUAUAUAAUAUUUGUUUCACAUUGCAGCAAAAAGGCAUUUUACCAGGAUUAGAUCUUGUGGUGUUGCUUUUUUAAUCGGAACUAAUAAACUAGACCAGCAGUUCCCAACCUUUUUUUAAUUUCCAAGUUCCCCUUGAUUAGACUUUUCCCUUUUUUUUUUUUUUUUUACCUUUCCUCCACUAAUCCUUAAAAAAGGUAAAUAAUCCAAUAAAUCAGAUAAAGCUAUUGCCAUUUCUACGCUUUUUUUGUCUAUUUUAUUUUUUUUUUUAAUUUCCAAGUUCCCUUUUAUUAAACUUUUUUUUUUUUUUUUUUUUUUUUACCUUUCCUCCACUAAUCCUUAAAAAAGGUAAAUAAUCCAAUAAAUCAGAUAAAGCUAUUGCCAUUUCUACGCUUUUAUUGUCUAUUUUAUUUCAGCUUCCCUUUUUCAUAUAUAAAAUAAUAUUUAAAAAAUGUCAACCACAUUAACUUUUAAUGAAAGUUCCAAUAUUAUUUAUUUCAUUUAAAACAAGUUAUUCAUCUUGUAUUGGUAUGCAAAGGUUCCAACAUGGCUCUUAAUAAUUUGAAUGGCAUCCUUGAGGUUGUUUCUUGUAUACUAGUUAAAAAAAAAAAAAUCAGGUUCAAAUGAAGAUAAUAUAAUCUCAAAUCGGGAGCUGCUGUAUAUUUAAUACUAAUCUAUGUUUAAGAUGAGAAUGCUCUUUCAACAAUGCCAAAAUGGUAAAUCAUUGCAAUAUAAUAUUUGGUCAUAAAAUGUAAAAAAUCAAUAAAAACUUUUAAUAUCGGACUUAAAUCCAACAAUAUGGGAAUGGAUGUACUAGGGUAUGAGGCACUUAUAAAAAUUGACCAAUGUCACAAUUUGCCCAUUGAAAAUGUAUGAAAAAUAUUUGGUUUAAUGGUAAUUCUUAUGUCAUUUUUAAACUUUAGAGGUAAGAGGUUAUGAAAAACUUCCUGAUCAGUGCUAAACAUCAGCAAAUUUAAUUUUCUUUGUGAAGUAAAUUUCCACUUUGACUUCUAAAAAAAAAUCUUUUGAGUAAAAAUAACUUACAAUUUCAGGAAUUUCAAAGUACGCCCAGCUUUUCCCAAAGAUUUCGAAGCUAUUGAAAAACUUGUGUCCACCAUUGAAUUAAAUGAGCACAUUAUUUCUGACAUGAAACAGUACUACAUUGCUAAACGUGACAAUGUAAGUGAAAUACAUCAUCAUUGUUUUUACUGUUUGAAUUCAUCUAUAACUAGGAAUAUAUUGAUAAUAAUACACCUCAAUAGAAUAAUAAUCUUUUCCCCUCAAGCUGUAACUCACAUAUUGGACUUGAAUUGUUUGUGAAAUGUCGUUAGAAAAGGUAAUUAUUCACAAAGUUCUUUUUAAAAUAUACAUACUCUAAAAAAGCCAUUUUCUAUGUGUUGCAACAAAAGUUUUAUUUGUCCAUCAUUAUGGUUAUAAUAAUAAUAAUAUGUGUGACACUUAAACUUUCAAAAGAAUACAGUAGUUUUUAAUUAACAUAAAUGAAUAUUAGUGAACCUCUGAAGAAUGAAACAGAAUUAUAUUCCUUAUCAUUGACAAAAUGACUAAAAAAAUUUACAGUAUUAACUCAAAUUUCCAGACAAAUUGUUAGCAGAUUUAAUAUGUAAAAAUGCAGAUAAUUGAUGACAUAUGUAAUAUAAUAAAUUAAAUUUUUCAUAAAUAAUAACAAAUUUUGUUUCAAAAAUGUAUUACUGAACAUCAAAGAUUUUUUGUUGCUUGUUUUUUUUUAAUCUGAACGAAAAAAACUGUUUUGAUUAUGCUUCCUUCCUUUCUAGUUUAAUACUGUUCAAAUCUUUAUAUAAAAGCAUGGAAAAUCAAUUUUUAGAUAUUUGCAUUGGCUUUGUACAGAAAAGAAAAACAUAUACAUGGCAUCUUUCAUCCAACAAAAAUCCAGGUUUUCUUAUUUUAAAUAUUGUAUACCUCACUAUGAUUCUAAUUUGGUAUGCUUUUGAACUUUUCCUUAGGAUGGAACUGAAAUUCAAGCUUUUGUUGGGGAAUGCCUUGGGCAGGUGGUCGGCUUAUCCAUUCUGAGAAGAGAAGAGGUAAAUCAGAAACAAAAAGUUGUAUAUUAUCUUUUGUUGUCUUGAUCAUCUAUUCCACCACAUCAAUUCUUGAUCUUUUAUUGACAAUUUUGAAACACUGGAAGUAGUAUCUCUGAGAUGAUGAAUGGGCCAUUUUCAUUUAACAUAGUUUAUAAAAUGAAGUAAAAUAGUUAAGCUCUUAUUAAAUUGUGAAAUUAAAAUACUUAUACCCUAUUUUAUUUUUCAACAUUCCCCAAAUAGUGUAUAUUAUUUAUGACGCAUAUAGUAUUAACAUAACAUGUUAUUCAUUCAACAUAAAUAUUUCAUUUUCUUUGCUAACUGCAUUGAAAACUUUUCAAAAGCAAGACUCACUUUUUAAAGUAAUACUUAGCUUGAAAAUGCAAUAAUAAUAAAUUUGUUACAUUUUGAGCAUACUAAAACUAUCAUUUUGUAGGUAAUAUCUUACAUAUAAAUUAAAUGUGUAGUAAUGCAUGAAUCACCUUUAGCCAUAAUGAUGUUUUCUACUAGAACAUUGAAUACAUCCGUUCAAAUUAUAAUAUUGAGGACUUCAUCUACUUCAACCAUCAUGGAAGAGACCAACAUGGCCACCUGCAUCACUUUGUCCUAAAUCCAGUUUUCAAUCACUUGACCAAACAUUUCUUUAAGGUAAAGAUAUGGCUUUUAGUAUCAUUCAAAUUAUUUUAUACAUUUGAUUGAUUUGAAUGUUUAAAUUUAGCAUUCUUUGGGAGCUACUGACCAAAAAUCUGAUAAGAAUGAUUUUGCUUUUAAUAAAUUAAACAUGGAUAUGUCAACAAAAAUAUUUUAAUAUUAUUUAAUAAACAAUUUGUAACGUUGUAAUAUGUGACAGAGGACAUGCAUAAUCCAAAGGACAUUAAUUGCUUAAUAAAAAUUAUCUGUUUAAAAAUUACUUUCCAUAUAGGUCUUUCAUGAGGCAGACCUAAUUAGAACUGAACAAAAUAUAUUUUAAAGUUUUUUAAGUUAUGCUAAUUACCCCCACCCCUUUUUGUGGUGUUUUAAAUUUAGAGCUACCAAAAUGUAUUUAUUGUAUAAUAUCUCUCUGGGUCCUUAACCUGCAUUGAGCUGUAACAGGUGAGGGAGAUAAAGAUGCAAUUAAAGAAAAAAUAACGCAAAAAAAUUUCAGCGCAUUUUCUUUGUAGCUUUGGUCAGGAGGUUCAAGGAAUGGACUUCAUAUUCCACUGCUAAUACCUGGCAUGAGCAUUGCAUAAGUUGUAUAAAUUAUUAAUACAUUAAUCUAAAUGGAACCAGUUAUAUUACUUUUUUGUACAAACAGCAAUAAUAUAUAGAGCAAGAGGCAUCUCUCAAUGUUUUAUAACUAAAUAUCUAUGCUAGCAGAAAAGUAACCACUAUUUUAAUUGUUAUUGGAAAAUGUGGUCAAUAAAAGAAAAAAGUCAAUAAUCAAUCACUUUUGCACAAUUUUAAACAAAAAAACAACUUUUGUUAAUAGCUCUCAUGGUUUACCAUUAUUCACAAAUGAUUUCAGGAAAUACUUCGACUUUCAAGAAAAACAAGCCUUUAUUAUCCUCUAUAUCCAGCAUAUACAACAGAAGAGGUAAAUUUUAUUAUUAGACACAAAAAUCUGUAAUUUAAAAAAAAUAAAUAUUUACCUUGGGUUUAUGGUAAAAAAUGAUUUUAAUAAAUAGUCAUAAUAAAAUCGGUGAGGUAUUUUCUUUUACAAUCUAUCCAUACUCAUUUAAGAACCUUAUUAUUCAAUCACUUCAUCAUUAAUCAUGUAUGGUAUAUUUAGACCCUGGCAAAGCACUCAUUAAUCACUGGACUAAGCUCCCUGGUCCCAGUACGAGCCAGGCGCCAGAUUGACUACCCUGAUGGACUCGGCAUCAAUGGGCCAUCAGAUCGGGUGAUAAAGAAGCUUCCUCCUUUUGCCCUGAAUCACAUCAACAGGAAACUAGUCCUUGAGCCAAAGGUGAGCCACAUGAUUGGUUUGUCCCUUUUUUUUUGGUCUGCCAUAAGACAUGUCUGUUGGAGUUUAUGUCUUUGUGCAAAGUUCCAACAUACCUUUUGAUUUUGUUUAAGAUAUGAUAAAAUAAGACAAGAUUCUUGUAUUGGUGCAGACAUAUCUUAUUAUGCUGUGAUCACAUUAGAUAGUGAAAAAAUUCUGAUUUAACUUUAAUUUUAACGUAAGACCGUUUAAGGUUUUUAAAAAAAAACAAAUUAAGACCAGCAAUUCAGUUGUAUCAUCGUUCCUAGCUUUUCCACAAAUCAUAGGACCAAUUUUGUUAUAACUCAGUGCACAAACAUCAAUAUGUAAAGCAUGUGUAUGAAAACAUUAUAACCUGUUACAGUCAGGGAAUUCAGUAUUUGCUUGUGUAUGCUUGUGUACAUGUUGGGUUAACAUAAAGAUCCCUAUGUUUCUAUACAAAGGUUUCCAUAAAUGCCCGCAUUGUUGUAGUCGGAGCAUCAGAUGUUGGACUUACCUUCUUAGAGACACUUGUGUUUUGGUAUGUAAUUAUUAUACGAACAUUGUCAUAUUAGCUAUUCUAACCAGGAUAAAAGGUGGGGUAUGGGGAACAAAAAAGAGCUUUCAGAACUGCUUAUUUCUUACAGUGAUGACUUCUUUGUAAUUUAUUUAUUGAAGCAAGAUCUACUUACUAAUACAUAAAUUAAUCAUAUUAUUAGAAAUUAAGGGGCCAGCCAUAAAUGAGGUAACAUAUUUAGGGGGAAGGGAUUCACAAAUAUGUGACAAUGUGUGCCAAGGAUGUUUAAAUUUUAUGACAAUUGUGGAACAAUUUUGGGAAGGGGGGGGGGGGGCCGUAAUCCCAAAAUAGGGUGUCAUUUUUUGAUUGCACCAAAAGGGAAAAUGAAAAUAUAUGGGAGAUUACAAAUAGCCAUAAAUGAGGUAACAUAUUUAGGGGGAAGGGAUUCACAAAUAUGUGACAAUGUGUGCCAAGGAUGUUUAAAUUUUAUGACAAUUGUGGAACAAUUUUGGGAAGGGGGGGGGGGCCGAAAUCCCAAAAUAGUGUGUCAUUUAUUGAUUGCACCAAAAGUGAAAAUGAAAAUACAUGGGAGAUUACAAAUAGUAUUAGAAUCACACUGAGUUUAUCUCCCCUGUUGCUUUUAUGACAAAAUUAAAAUUCACAAGCAUCUUAAAUCAGCUUGCCUACAUUUUCCCUACAGUCCACAUUUAAAGUUCAAUAACAUCACACUGAUCUCCCCUCAUGGUAUACCUGGUGACCUCCCACCUCAUGAACUCAGAGACAUGUUCCUACCACAAAGGUGAGACUUCAAAAUCUUCAGGAAAUACUUAUAUAUAUUUAUAAAUAUAUAUGUAGGCCUAUAUGUGAAGAAUACUUCUAUUUAUUAUCAAAACUCAAACCGACUUCCAGAUAUUUGGCUUUGAAAUGAUUUUUAUUCACAGAAUAAGUGGUCGGAUAUGAGAAAAAUGCUUUUAAUUUUAACUAGGAAAAAAUCAUUUUACAAGUCAAACCAUUUCGGAAUUGAUUUUUCUCAGAAACAACUUGAAUACCGGUACAAAAAUUUGUUGAAUUGAUGAGUUUAUAUUUAUUCUUUCAAUUGAAAAAAAAUUAUUUAAAUGUACAAACGGUUUUAAAUCAAUUAAACGUUUUUAAAGAGCAAACAACUUUUUACUUACUUACUUAUGCUUUUCACCCUACCUGGCCAUCGACAAGAAUUUUACAUUCAUAUCAAUCCUGUGCUUUCUUUUCCAAUUGCUUCCAGGUGUAUCCCAUACCUUGUGUGCCUGCCUCUAGCUUGUGUCUCCAUUUUUUAUUCGGCCUUCCUCUCUACCCUUUCCCUUGUGAAUUCCAUGUUAGGGAUUGUCUGCUGAUCUUAUCUGGGGGUUUGCGAAGAGUGUGCCCCAUCCACCUUCAUCAUUUUACUAUACAUGAAAUUAUUUUAAAAUGCGCAUGAUUUUAAAUAACCAGACUCUAUGAUAUAUUUAUUCCAGUUUCGCCUUCCCAAAAGAUGAUGGUUUUGCCAAAAUAUCCUUGAGGACAUGGAUCAAUGUUGUAUAUGGGAAGAUGACAGCAAUCAACAGGCAAGCAAUUACUGUGACAUAUAGUGUGGUUUAGCCCAUAGCUAAAAACAUCACCACUUCGAGAAGAAAAACAUUCCCUUUUAACUGUAUAAAGAAAAAUAUUCCCUUUUAACUGUAUAAAGAAAAUAUUCCCUUUUAGCUGUAUAAAGAAAAAUAAUAACAGAUUUAUUAUAUCAUGACCAAAACUAUUAACAACUUUUUAACUAUUCUUGUGCGGUGUGUGUAGCUGAUCAUGUUUUGUACUGCUCAAUAAGAGAUAACAAAGAAUUUUCAAAUUUUAGAAACCAUUUUAUUACUUGGGCAGAAAAUCCUUUGAUGAAAUCUGGUUUAAUUCUCCAGGACAAAAAAGCAAGUUCUUGUAAAUGGAACCAGCAUAGUACCCUACGACCAUUUGGUCAUUUGUACUGGACAGCAGUUUCAGGUCCCAACACCAACUGGUGCCGAUGUGCACAACAACGUCACCAAUCAGAACCUACCACAGCCCCCGGAGAAACAUUACCAGGGCCCCGUCCCACCCAACCUCUGCCUGAUUAAUGACACUUACGAUGCUGCCAUGCUACUGCUCAGGCUGGACAUUACACCUCACAACAGUAAGAAUUACCAUUAAGUUCAAGUCACUUUCUCAUGUUAAUAGAAAUUUGCGGUCAGAAUUUUUUUCUACCAAGGGUUGUCUCCUUCUUCUUUGCCUUAAACAUAUCUUUCCACACCUUCUGACCCCUAGCCAUCUUCAUAGAUUUUUCAUAUCUUCAUUACAUCCUUGCUCACCUCUCUUGGGUCUUCCAAGAGUUUUUUUUUUACACAAAUCUAAAUAAGAAGUGUAGUGUCUUGAAAUCUUCAUUUAAAAUUUAUUAAACAUUUUAAAGAGAUUUAUAAUUAAGCUAAAAAUCAAUACAGCAUUGUAUAAUUUGAAUGAGUUUCCUCAUAACUUUAGUUUCAUCUUCUUCUACCUACAUUCAUUUCCUUUAGAUUAUUACAGCGCAGUCGUAUUCGUUAUUUAGAUUUGUCACAUACAUUGAGGAUUUAAUUCAUUAUACUCUUUUCAUUUCCAUUACUCUAAGUUUUGUAAUUGGAAAUAGCUGAAACUAACUUUUUUCUAAAAGUUUGAUUGAGACUAUCAAUCAUGGGGAAUUCCAUUAAAAAGUGGGUCACCCAAUUACCUGGGUACAUUAGACAUCAUAGUUUUGAAGGUCACCUGGGAUUCACAGAACCUUUUACAAGGAUGCCAUGUAGUUUUUAUACUUGGGAGUAAUGUUGUGGGAUAUUCAAGACAAAUCAUGUGUGAUGUUCACGACAAAUCAUGUGUGAUGUUCAAGACAAAUCAUGUGUGGUGUUUCAGACAAAUCAUGUGUGAUGUUCAAGACAAAUCAUGUGUGAUGUUCACGACAAAUCAUGUGUGAUGUUCAAGACAAAUCAUGUGUGAUGUUCAAGACAAAUCAUGUGUGAUGUUCAAGACAAAUCAUGUGUGAUGUUCACGACAAAUCAUGUGUGAUGUUCAAGACAAAUCAUGUGUGGUGUUUCAGACAAAUCAUGUGUGAUGUUCAAGACAAAUCAUGUGUGAUGUUCACGACAAAUCAUGUGUGAUGUUCAAGACAAAUCAUGUGUGAUGUUCAAGACAAAUCAUGUGUGAUGUUCAAGACAAAUCAUGUGUGAUAUUCAAGACAAAUCAUGAUCCAAUUGCAAAACUGAAAUCCCAGCCAAGGAUAAUUCAAGAUUUUUACUCCAAGCAUCCCCUUAUAAAUAGGGAUAAUAUAUGAGGGACCCUGGUGGAUGAGACUUGUUGACUCAUCUAAGGGAAGGGAACUCUGAAUUCAAACCCAGAGAUGGAGUCCCGUAGGCGGAAAACAUCGGCACAGUGAAACACUCUGACAAAUCCUGCGAAGCCACUGGUGCCAAGCUGUAUCAUCCACAUGAUGUUCCCUUGGGUUAUCCAGUGGCGUGAAGAGAGACAAUUUGCUUUGUAGGGAACCAGCUUAUAAUCUUAAAAAGAAUAAGCCUAGGCCUUGUGGAUUUCAUCCUGUGAAGUGUACACCAUCGCCACACUGUGAUGGAUGGAUGGAUGGAUGCCAGCAAAAAAAAUGUUUAAAAAAAAAUAAAAAUAAAUGAUAAUAUGAGGACCUCGUUCAUGCCAUGUAAAGUAAAUAAAUAGUGAACAAGAUAUGUUUAGCCUUGAAAAUAAAAGACAAGACAACUAAACAGAUGUUUCUGUUACCAGAAAUUUGAUUGAAAGAAAUUUCGUCGAUGGAAAAUUGAUCGACGGAAAUUUGAUCAAACAGAUAUUUGGUCAAUUCUUUUUUUCAGUUCACAUUUUAAAAUUUCGUCAAAUUUCUUUUUGAACGCACUAUACUAUAGUAAACAAAAUAAUGCAUUAAAAAAGAAAUUUGAAGCAAAAUUUUAACGCAUGUACUGAAAAAAAUAUUUGACCACAUUUCCAUUCGAUCAAAUUUCUGUCUAUAUAUUUUCCAUCAACGAAAUUUCUUUCUAUCAAAUUUCCCGAUACAGGAUGUUUCGGGCAGAUGUCUUCUUCAGCAGAAACUACAAUACAAUAAACAAAAGAUAAAUUUAAGUUAAAAUUAAAACUUAUGUGUUGGAAGAUCUUAAUAAAGUCAAUGUAGCUCAAGAUUGAGAACAGGAAGUGCUUUAUGUUAUUGUUAGAUACAGAAGCUGAGUUGUUGAAACGUACGUCCAUAUUAUUAAAUAGAUAUACGAGGAAAUCAAAGAUUCAUGAGGCCCAGAAACGUAAAUACCAUUCUAUUAUAUUCAUAAGUAAGAACCUAAUUCCAAAUGCCAUUGAAGUUAAACUUUUCAAUGAAUCUUAAGCCAAUUUCUUAAUUUUUUCCCCCCCGCAGAAAAAAUUGUAGUCUAUGGAAACAGCAUGGAGUGCUACACAACUCUGCAGGCCUUGCUCCGUCUGGGAUUCCCUGGCUCCUCACUGACCUUAGUGGAGCCUCCUAUAAUUGAGGUAAGUGCUGGCUCUGGUGGGCUAAGGCCCUUAACUGUUUCUCUUUCAUGUCCAAUAUCUCAAAACGAUCUUUAUUAUUAUGAGUAGCACUAAGCAAAAUUUAUUUUGGAUUUUGACCUGUUUAGUCAGUUAAGUGCUGAAAAGCUAGUAUCAGAAUUAAACCCAGGCAUAACUGACUUCAGGAGCAGCUGAUAUGCAUUCAACAGUCUUUUCAGAGGCCUGUGGCCUUUGACUGAGUCAUAACAUAAUGUACGGUGUAGACCAAAACAUUUUUCUUGGAUCUUCCUAAUGAUAUCUUUUGCCUCAACUUAGCUCAUGAUUUCAAAUGUUAGUUUAUGGGUUUUUUUGGCCAUGCAUUAUUAAUAGAUAAGAAUGAACUUUAUAAAUAUGUUAAAAUAUAUUUGGUGAGCUACUUCUUUAUAUUAUUUCUAUCCAUUCCUUACAUUUUUUUUUUUUUUUGAAGUGUAGCGCAACUUUAGUCUUUUAACUGAAUUUUUAAAAAAAAAAUUUUCAAGUCUAUUUUUAAGUCUAUUACCGGUGGAUUCAUUUAUAACUUCUUUAUAAAUAUGUUAAAAUAUAUUUGGUGAGCUACUUCUUUAUAUUAUUUCUAUCCAUUCCUUACAUUUUUUUUUUUUUUUGAAGUGUAGCGCAACUUUAGUCUGUCAACUGAAUUUUUAAAAAAAAAAUUUUCAAGUCUAUUUUUAAGUCUAUUACCGGUGGAUUCAUUUAUAACUGGUCCCAAACUUAUGCAUUUGUGCAGUCAGUAAACAGUGUAAGCAUUUUAAUGGUGAAUAUAAAAGACAUAUACCCUCUGUGACCUUUCAAAAUGGGUUAUAACUUUUGGUAUUUACUCAUGUUUUUUGUCAUGCUUAGGGAGUGACUUGCUUUAACAAUCCAGAUGUGGAGCAAGAAAUGAAGAAAUGCCUGAACAAAGCAGACGUGACCAUGCAUGGCAACUGUUACCUGGCCAACUGGAACGAUGGCCUCUACGAGAAGGGACAAGAUAUUAAAAACUUGACCUUCACAACCCCAACCAGCUACGUGAAAAUGGAUUGUGAUGUAAGUUGAACAGUUCUAUUCCUUCCAAGUAACUGCAGUGUGACGUUUCAAACAGCGUUGACAACUCUUACAGCUUUUAAAAAAAUGGGCAUACUCAGCUACGUUUCUGUAGCAAUAUUUGAGUUCCAACUUAUGCAGUGGUGAAGGAGGGGGGUGGGGUGUGGUGCGCCACUGGCAGCCCAUUUUUUUCUUAAUAUGGAGGGGGCCACAGUUUUUGUCAAUUGCAGAUUUUUUUUGUGGUGUGGGGAGGCAAACAAUCUUGACCCGCCAAAAGUGGCCCCUAACACUAGCCAUGCCACUGAACCUAUGCUCUGGUACUGUCUUAAACUUUUAUCCACAAAUAACAUUUCUUGGCGCCAAGAGCUGUGGGUGUGGAUUAAGAGACACAGAUAUGGCACGCCACUAUCAGGUGGAAUAUUCAUCCUAUGUAAUGGAUCAUCCAUCCAUCCCAUGUAGGGCUUUGGUCCACAUUAUCCAACGAUCAAAGUAUCUAAGCCUAGGUCUGCCUUUGAGCAUUUUCCUCUGGGGUUUUGAUGUUGUACCCUCUUCACUCCUCUGUCAUUUGGCAUUCUUUCUAAAUGUCCUACCCAGCACAGGCUACCCUUUUUUAUCUCUGCUGCUGGUGUGGGAUCCUGAUAUAGACUGUACAUUUCAUGGUUGGUUCGUAUUCUCCAUCCAUAUUCAUCCUUUGUUGGUCCAUAUAUAAAAAUGUAUAAUACAAUAUAUUAUGUAAUUGUAGCAAUAUGAAAACCAGAAAAUCAUGCUCUUCCAAAAGUAAAAUGUCAGUUUUUAACGAACUGUCCAAUAAGAGUUUAUUUAAUUUAUUGUGACUGCCUUUUGUUGCAUUCUUUUGACAUCAAUAAUGAUUAAAGGAACCUCACACUAACAUAACAUUAAUGGGUGAUCCACUUUUGUAAUGCUUGUCAAUUGUUGUUAUGAUGAGUAGUAAUGUGGGGAAAAGAAAAGGUGGGUUGGGGGGGGGAAUCAUUAAGACAUCUCUUUUUUUUUUUUUUGGUGGUACUGUUACUUUAAAGAAAUGAGAAUCACUAAUUUAAAUUUUUUAAAGUGCAAAUGGGUAAGUGUUAUAUAAUGUUCUUUUCAAUGUCAAUUUUUCAGAUCUUCAUUUGUUACUUUAAGAAGGAUGUGGACAAAGCAGCCUUCAUAGGUGACUAUUUCAAUGUUUUAAAAACAUGAGUUAAGCUGCAAGUUCAGAAAAGAUUUUAAAAGUUAUUGAUUUACAAUAAAAUUGUGUGUUCUUCUAUUAGAUAUUUUCAUUAGUAAUUUUAGACUGACUAAUAGUCAAUUGCAUUUUAUAUAAAAGUUUUCAAGAUGUUGAAGAAGUAGCUUAAAACGGCACUAAUUUAUUUUAGUUAUCUGUUGAUUGUAAGUGGAUGAAAGAUGAUCUUGUCUUUGACAAAUGGAAAUUUUAAAACUUAAGUUUUAUUUUAGGAGAUACGCAAUGAAAAACUAAUAAAUAUGCCUUAAUUUGUCUCUUUUUUCGUGUGGCAGUAUCAGCUUUGAAUUUUUUUAAAAAUGUUUAAAUCUAGAUCACAUCAUACCACCACAGCUGACAAAAUUAGUCUCAUUAUCAAUCUCUUGAUAGUUGGGUCCAAUUAAGUUCAAUUAAGUUUUGUGUUGAAAUCAAGGCAGUGUACUUGAUAUCUCUGCACGAAACGAUUUUAUUAUAUUGAAAUGAUAACUUCGUAACAGAAAUAAAAUGCCUACAAUUAAUUUUUCUCAGCCUACUACAGCUAUUGUUCAAAUCAACUUUUAAUUCUCUUACAACCACAGCAAUGAACUGUGCCUGUCUGGUGUUUGAUGGGAAGUUGGUGAUCAACUCAACAUUCCACACCAACGAUGUCUCCAUCAGGGGAGCCGGACCGUUGACCAAGUUCUCAAGGAAAUAUUACUGUGAUCCUUGGACGCAUGCAAACUUCAACUCCAGAGAAGUCGGCAUUGCGGUAAGU